AUGGACUUCCAGCACGAGUUGAGACAGGCUCUGCAACAACGUAGUGUCUCGGCCGAGAAGCGUCCCGCCCAACAAUUCGCAAACUUGGAGCUUUUAAGCCAAUUUCCGAAGACAGCAAUCAUCGAGAAUCUCCUAUGCAGGUAUUACACGGAUGUUCAUCCUCACUUCCCAGUCGCGUAUAUUCCCGAUAUUUCCCGGGCCUUUUCUUCUGUGUGGUACAAUUCGAACGUCCCGCAUUGGUCCUUCCUCGCUCUCAUAUGCUCUACCCUCGCUUGCGCUGUCUGGUGUGCUCCAGAAAAUGAGUUGAUCGAGCUUCAGACGUUGAACACCGCGGAUUGGAAUGACGGGCAAAGUCUGCCGAAGGAUAUUAUGUCAAAAAGGAAAACAUCCUCCCACCAUUUCCUUAAUCUUGGCGCAAAGAUACUUGAGCUUAACGACUACAAGAUGAAUAUCAAUCUAGACGUUUUGAGAUCUCUACUUCUACGGGAUCUUACUCACACGGUGUUCUUUAACGAUGGAGAGCGAGCGAACCCCGAGCUUUGGGCGACUACCAACCUCGCUACUUCGAUCGGAUUGCAUCGUGCUGGUGCCCUUUAUGGGCUUGAGGAGGGAGUCAUUCAACAACGCAAAGCGGUAUGGACAGGAAUUCAGGUCUUAUCAGGGUACCAGAUCCUCUAUUGCGGCAAGCCGUUCGUCCCCGGCCACAACAAGAUCGAUGAGGCGUCUGGGCCACAAGUCGAAUCUAAAAACUCCCCGACAGAUCACGGAGCUUACUGGAGUCUGCAGCGAAGUACGGCCGACCUUACGAUCAGAGUCUUCGAUGCCAUUUACAGCAUUACGAAACCCGAUUACUCUGUCGCCGAGGCUUUAGACGGGGUUAUUCAGAGCUGCCUCCGGAUCCCUACAGGAGACCCAAAUCUCUUUACAGUCAACAGCUUCCGAGAAGGAACCCGUCGCAUUCGCGAUCUAAACACAUGGAUCCAUCAUCAUGUUUUGAGGCUACUACUCCACCGGCCUUGGGCUGCCCGUGGGUUCCGCGAUGAAACAUUCUAUGCCAGCAGCCUCCAGUGCGUAACUUGCGCACGCCGGAUCCUUCAUGGUUGCUGUUCGAUCGACUGGGAUGCACAUCCGAAUGCCCCAGUGUACAAGGCUCACUUGGCGGGGACACUUGUCCGAGGGGGAAUUCACGCACUCUCAAUGAUCCUCCUUAGGAUGCACCUAGAAAAGCCUCGAGCCGGCGAUGCUGGUACUAUAGAAGAUUGGAAGGCAGAUGCUGACCUUUUCCGCGCCUCACUUGCGAAGUGUGAGACCCUGGCUCGUUCAAUGCCUGACAAAAUCAAGACUUCGCUCACUACUCUGAAGAACCUCGGGCGAUCGAUGGGUUAUUGGAGCGACGGUACUACCGAGGACCACAUUCAGUCCGACCAAUUGUUUGCAACAGAAGGGAAUGCGACUAGGGAGCCAGAGUCGACCAUUUUAUCUUGGAAAGGCGACGGCACCGUCAGCCCGAAUUGGGACUUGCAGGGCUUUGGCUACCAGGACUUCGAACAGAUUGACUGGUCCGAAUUUCCUACAGGUUAUAGUGAUUUGUUGUAG